AUGGUCUCGCAAUUCCAGCUGAUUUCCGCCAUCCGCGCGCUUCCCCCAAUCGUUCCGCCGUUCUCGCGCGCUGCAGGGGGAAGCGGGAACGGACACGCGGGUACCCCGCGGGACGAGAGGCGCGCGGGGACGUACCCGCGGACGCUCCGCGCGGUUACCGCCAAUGAGGCGGAGGAGGAGGGGGAAGGGGAGGGAUUGGGGGAGGGGGAGUCGCUGGCGCAGAGCCAUCAGGAGAGCCUUCACAUGGAGGCGGAGUGGCCAAUCGCGUGGUGCCAGGUGGCAGAGAACGUGCUCAUAGGCUCGCCGCUCGUGUCGGCUGCUGACGUGGACGUGGUGACGUCCAGGGCAGGCGUGACAGCUGUCGUCUCGUUACUGCCGUCGGAGCACGAGUCAGCGCUGGCCGUUGAUUGGUCCGCCGUGACCCGCCAGCUGGCAAGAGAGGGCGGCGUGGCGCUCAAACUGCCCGUCGGGGAAGCCGCCGCAGGCGGGCGGGCGGAAGCGGCGCGGGGGGAAGGGGAGCCGGGGGAGGGGUGGCGGGGAGUGUUAUCCGAGGGGGAAGCGGGGGAGUCGGAUUUGGAGGGGUGCUUGGAGGAGGACGAGGAGGGGGAGGGGGGUGAGGACGUGGUUUCGCAGGUGUUGGAAGCGGUGCGAGUGGUGGCAGCGCUGGUGGCGACAGGGCACAGAGUGGCGAUUGUCAGCUGCUCGGCUCACUCCGCCAGUGCCCUUGUUGCUCUAGGCUACACGACGUUUGUGAAGGGAGCGGACGUGAGCACUGCUCUGGCGGACAUGUGCCGGGCAUGCCCGGCUGCUGACCCGCCCAUGCGCGUGUGGAAGAAGGCUCACGCGCAGCUAGCAGGCAGCAACAUGAGGCGUCUCACAGACCUUGCAGCGGAGGAGCUUCAAACGAGGAUAGCAAAUGGCGUGCCUGGGUCCAGUGCCAAUGACUGGCAGGUGGCAGAGCGUAAGCUGGUGGCAGAGGGCUUCCAGCGCAUGGUGGCUGCUGACGUGGCACUCUCUGACGCCAUCUCCAAGGCGGCCAUUCGCAGGGCUGCACGGGCAGCAGAGAAGCAGAUGGAUGAUGUCGAGGUGAGUCCUCUGCCCCCUUUCCCUUCUCUGCCCUGCUCUGCCCUGCCCUGCUCUGCCCUGCUCUGCUCUGCUCUGCCCUGCCCUACCCUCCCCUACCCUCCCCUGCCCUCCCCUACCCUCCCCUACCCUCCCCUGCCCUCCCCUACCCUCCCCUGCCCUCCCCUACCCUCCCCUGCCCUCCCCUACCCUCCCCUGCCCUCCCCUACCCUCCCCUGCCCUCCCCUACCCUCUCCUGCCCUCCCCUGCCCUCCCCUGCCCUCUCCUGCCCUCUCCCUUCCCUGUCCUAUCAUGCUGCUCAUCUGCUUCUCAAGCAGCUCUCUGCACCCCCACUCUUCCUACUCACGCAUCCCCUUGCCCUCCUCUUCCUCGGUGCUGCUGUGUGUCUCUCAUGUUCCCACUACGCCAUGCCGCCAGCUCACCUCGUCUGACCGCAUUGCUCUGCUCAAGGCUCACAUCUCUCGUCUCGAAGAGAAGCAGCAAGCCGCAGACCAGGCCGCCCGGGCGGCGGAGGAUCGGAUCUCCUUCUUCCUGCGCCAGCUCAACGCACUACAGGACAAACAUGCCGCAGCGCAGAAGGAAGCAGUUGCUGCCACCCAGUUGGCAAGUCAACUCGCCGGCCAGUUACAAUCCCUGCAAGCGAGAGAAGGUUCCUCUGCACCUUCCUCUUUGGCCGCAGCCCAAGCCGCAGCUCUAGGUUCGGCAGCCACCGAAGCUGACCGGGUGGCAGCUCUGGAAGCAGAGGUCCGGGAGAGGCGUGAGCGGGAGCAGGAGCUCCAAGCGGCGCAGCAGCAGGCAGAGCAGCGAGCGGCGUCGGCUCGGCAGCUUCUGCUCACUCUGGAAAAAGACCUGGCGAGGGUCACAGAGGGGGAGGCAGCAGCAAAAGAAGCAGCAGCAGAGGCAAAAGAGCGAGUAGGGUUCCUGUCAGGUGUGGUUCGCGAACUAGAAGGCAGAGAGAGGGAUGCGAGGAGAGAGGCUGAGAGGGCGAAUGAGGCUUUGGAGGUGGUAGCAGCAAGGGAGAGAGCAGCACAGGUUCGAGUGCAGGAGCUUUCUCUACAGGUGGAGCAGCUUGAAAAAGAGCUUUCUGCUGCCCAGGAAGCUUCCAGAAUCGCGCACGGGCGGUGCGAUUUCUUUGCCCGGCUUGUAGAUGUUCUGAGGGAGAGGGAGCAGGCGGCGGUUGAGGCGGCCAAACGGGCCAAUCAGGCGCUGACAGGUGUCGCGCGGGAGCUGGAGGAGGUGAAGGGGAGGGAGAGGAGGGAGAGGGAGGUGUGGAAAGGUGCAGUAGCGCGGUCUGAAGCGGUGAUGGCGGAGUUGGGAGCUACCAAGAGGAUGCAGAGGGACGCUAGGGAGAGGAGGGAAUCUGCUGAGAAGCUUCUUGCGAAGCUCGAGUCGGCGGGAGGGAGCGGGGAGGAAGGUUCGAGGAAGCUUCUGCUUCAGGCCCGGGCGGCGGUGGCCGACGCGCUGGAGAACGAGACGAGCCUCGCUGGGCUUGUCGUUGCGCUAGCUGACAAGCUGACUGAGGCGGCUGCCGCCCGCACGGCCCAGCGGGAGCGUUUGGCGUUUCUGGAGCGACAGGUGGCGGAGGGGAGGGAGAGAGAGCGGGCGGCGGAAGCGGCUGUGGCGGCGGCCAUGGGCGGGCAGGAGGAGCUUCGGAGGCAGGUGGACGAGGUGGCUCGGAAAGAGGCCGAGGCUCGGGAGGAGGUUCGGGUGCUAUCGAGCAAAGUGGAGAGCCUGUCAGCUCAGUCCACUGUAGCGGAGGAGGUGGAGGGCUCUCUUGCCGUUCUCCGAACCCAGGUGGCGUUCCUCCAAUCAGAGCUCGCCAGCGCGACACAGGAAGCCACGUCAGCCACCCAGCGCUCCACCUCGCUCCUUCACCAGCUCAACCUUCUGCGAUCCGGUGCCAGCAGUGAUGGCAGCGCGGGACAGGUGGCAGGUUCUGAUUCGUUGGACGAGGUUGCAGGGGAGGAGGAGACGGUUAGGAGGUUGGAGGAAGAGCUUUCGGCUGCCCGUGGGGCAGCGGAAUCAGCCAAUCAGAGGGUGUUUUUGCUGCAGGGGCAGGUGAAGGAAUUGCAGAAGAAAGAGGGCGUGGCCCAAGCGCUGCUUGGUCGGGCGGAGGAAAAGAUGUCGGCGCUGUUCGGGCAGCUUGCGGCUGCCCGGGACAAGGACUCGACAAGCCUCCGAGCUCUCGCCAAGGCUAGGUCAGAGGUUCGGCAGAUGGCUUGGCAAGUGGCUCGGCUGGAGGAGCAGCUACAGGCUCGGGGAAACACUGCAGGAGGGGUAGGGUUGGCAACAUCAGGAAGAGGGGAGGGGUGGGGAUUGGCAGGGUUGCUGGAUGGUUUAAGCGCGGGCACCCUGAAGCUGCUUGGCCUAGCAGGAGUGGGCGGCUUCGGAGGGGUGGCAGGGGUGGACGGCGGACAGAAGGAGCCGAAUGCUGCCAGGCUGGCAGCUGAGCUGUCGCGAGGAGCUGCUGCUCUGCAGUCCAGGGUGAAGAAGCAUGUGUCUCGGCUGGGCAAGAAUGCAGCAGCAGUGGACGCGGCGGCACUGACAUCGUUAUCAGAUCAGCCCAUAGAGGAGCAUUUCUCAGAGGAGGAGGAGAAGCUUCUCGCCUCAGCGUCGUGUCUGCGGGAAGCCGUGGUGGCAAUAGAUGCCAAACGCCGUGAGCUGGGAGCGGCACCUCUUGCCGCCCGGCAGGCCCCCCCGUCACCGCCAGGGCACUUCUCCUCCCUCACUGCUCUCUUCGCCAGGGCAGCAGCAGCAGUGGGCCUCAGCGCCCUCCUCUUCAUGCCCCUGGCCCUCGGCUCGCACAGUAACGAGUCACCUCUUAUCGAGUCGCUCCAGCAGGAGCAGCAGCAAUCUGUCGACGUAACCAGGCCACUGACCCAGCAGCAGGCAGUGCAACCAGUCUUGCUACAGCAGCAGCAGUCCGAGUCCCUGCAAUCGCUGCGGCUGUAUAAUCCCUCCAUGCAGGCAUCCUCAUUGCAAGCAGCUUCUGUACAAGCAGCUUCACUGCAGCAGCCCACCCAGCCAGCAGCGCUGCAGCUGUUCUUUGACCCGCUCACACUCAAGCCGGUGCAGGCUGCAGGCACCGGGGAGGCUUAUAAGGGGCCCUCUGCUCUGAUCCCACUACCAGUGCUCAAGGAAGCAGAGAAAGAAGUCUUGAAUCUGAUUGGCCAGUACACAACCGUGGCUAGGGAAAUGAAGGGACUGGCUGGAGUGGUUGCUCCGGAUGCUUCCCCAGAAGAUAGGAUCCAGGCUGCGUUUUUAUUCUGCCGCCAGCUGGCGUCGCCGCCGUCCACGUCAGCAGCUGCAUUGUCUAGAGCUGGUGGUGAUGGUGUGGAAAAUGCCACUUCAAUGAGUCGCAAUUUCUGUGCAUCUAUGGGGUUGUGA